CUUUACCUCAGCCGGCAGCUCUUUGGCCCACUCGGGUCCCGCGGUCGGAGGAGCGGGCGCGCGCGCGGGUGGUCGCGCGGCUGCUGAGAAGGACGAGCGCGCGCGGGGAGGGAGUGGAGGCGUAGGGGGGCGGGGAUACGGCUCGCUUGCUCGCAAGAUGGCGGACGAGGACGGGGAAGGGAUUCACCCCUCAGCCCCUCACAGGAACGGAGGUGGCGGCGGCGGUGGGGGGUCUGGGCUCCACUGCGCCGGGAACGGCGGCGGCGGAGGCGCCGGCCCGCGGGUCGUGCGCAUCGUCAAGUCCGAGUCCGGCUACGGCUUCAACGUGCGGGGCCAAGUGAGCGAGGGCGGGCAGCUGCGGAGCAUCAACGGGGAGCUGUACGCGCCGCUGCAGCAUGUGAGCGCGGUGCUGCCCGGGGGGGCGGCCGAUCGUGCCGGGGUGCGCAAGGGGGACCGCAUUCUGGAGGUGAACGGCGUGAAUGUUGAGGGGGCGACACACAAGCAGGUGGUGGACCUGAUCCGAGCAGGCGACAAGGAAUUGAUCUUGACAGUGUUAUCUGUGCCUCCUCAUGAGGCAGACAACCUAGAUCCCAGUGACGACUCGUUGGGACAAUCAUUUUAUGAUUACACAGAAAAGCAAGCAGUGCCCAUAUCGGUCCCCACAUACAAACAUGUGGAGCAGAAUGGUGAGAAGUUUGUGGUAUACAAUGUUUACAUGGCAGGGAGGCAGCUGUGUUCUAAGCGGUACCGGGAGUUUGCCAUCCUCCACCAGAACCUGAAGCGAGAGUUUGCCAACUUCACCUUUCCCCGACUCCCGGGGAAGUGGCCGUUCUCUUUAUCAGAGCAGCAGUUAGAUGCCCGGCGUCGGGGCUUGGAAGAGUAUUUAGAAAAAGUGUGCUCCAUACGAGUCAUUGGCGAGAGUGAUAUCAUGCAGGAGUUCCUGUCGGAGUCCGACGAGAACUACAAUGGUGUCUCUGACGUAGAACUGAGAGUAGCAUUACCAGAUGGAACAACAGUUACAGUCAGGGUUAAAAAGAACAGUACUACAGACCAAGUAUAUCAGGCUAUUGCAGCAAAAGUCGGCAUGGACAGUACGACGGUGAAUUACUUUGCCUUAUUUGAAGUGAUUAAUCAUUCCUUUGUACGUAAGCUGGCACCUAAUGAAUUUCCUCAUAAACUGUACGUCCAGAAUUACACAUCAGCUGUGCCCGGCACCUGCCUGACCAUUCGAAAGUGGCUUUUUACGACAGAAGAAGAAAUCCUCUUAAAUGACAAUGACCUUGCUGUUACCUACUUCUUUCAUCAGGCUGUCGAUGAUGUGAAGAAAGGUUACAUCAAAGCAGAAGAAAAGUCCUACCAAUUGCAGAAGCUGUAUGAACAAAGGAAAAUGGUCGUGUACCUCAACAUGCUAAGAACGUGUGAGGGCUACAAUGAAAUCCUCUUCCCCCACUGUGCCUGCGACUCCAGGAGGAAGGGGCACGUCAUCACAGCCAUCAGCAUCACGCACUUUAAACUGCACGCCUGCACUGAAGAUGGACAGCUGGAGAACCAGGUCAUAGCAUUUGAAUGGGACGAGAUGCAGCGAUGGGAUACAGAUGAGGAAGGAAUGGCCUUCUGCUUUGAAUAUGCCCGAGGAGAGAAGAAACCGCGAUGGGUUAAAAUCUUCACACCAUAUUUCAAUUACAUGCAUGAAUGCUUCGAGAGGGUGUUCUGUGAGCUCAAGUGGAGAAAAGAGAACAUUUUCCAGAUGGCGAGGUCACAGCAGAGGGACAUGGCCACCUAGCCUUUCCUUCUCCCCUUCCCUUCUCUUCACCUUCAUCCUCUUAUCCCUUUCGUCUCCCAUGCCAGACAGAGUAACCAUUAACACAAAGAGAAAAAGGAAAAAAGUCAUUAUAUUCAGAAGCCCUAAACUAAUUAAUAAUCCCUCCGAAUUUCGUGUCUCUGGAAUUGAGCUGGUAGAAAACAACAGGUUGGUCAGCACUAGGAGUCAGUGAGUUAAGACAGGAAAAGAAAUAAGCCCAACCAAGUCGCCAAAGGUCUCUGUGUCCUUUCACCCGGGCCUCACACCAACAGACUCUCCUUCCUUGUACUAUAUUUUUAAAACUGGAACUAUGAACUCCAUCCAUUUGCACUGUUCAGACAUAUAUAUAUAUGUAUGUAAAAAUUAUAUAUACACAAAUUAGCUGCACGUAUAUACAUAUAUAUAUUUCUUUUUAAAUUUCAUAUUGAUGGCAGUACCUUUUUUAGCUUGUGUUUUUACACACCUUUCACUAGAAUUCAUGACUUCUCUCUUGCUCUCUUUAUUUUGAAACAAACUUUAAAAAGGAAAAAAAAAUAUUUUACAGGGAAAAUACCUCUCCUCAUGAAGGACUCGAAAAGUUUACAACCUGCUUGGGUUUUUUUGCCCCUUUUUUGUAUUGAGUGAAGAUUCUGGCUCAUGGGUUACCACAGAGUCUGAGGAGCAAGGAGCAUAGUUUCUUUAUCUUCCAAGAGGCUGUUGGGGAGGAGAAAGAGGCGUGUUUCUGAAGGGCUGCAAGGCCGCGGGCUGCAGGCGCGUCUGAAGCUGUGGUGCGGCCUCCUGAUUCCGAGACAGUUUCCGGGUCAUCUGUCUCCCACUCGUGGCUUUCUAGCCGCGUUCCACAUCUUCCUGCUUCUCCGGGGCCUGGAUGCCUUCCCUCAGCCAGCCUGGAAUGUGGGGAGGAUAGGCCCAGGAGCUUGAUGCCACAGAAACCAGAAACACUUCAUGGUCGUCAUUUCCUAUUUCCCUGCCUUUUCUGACGCAGGGACAGUACUGGGGACCAGAGAGAGGUCAAGCUGAUAUGUUUAGGCACAGAUUGGACGUAGAGGGGAAGGGCAGGCAGAGAUGCCGUGUGCCUAAGGUUUUCCCCACGCAGUUCCUGACCACUCGCCACCCGUAACCGUCACACUCUUCGUGACUUCCUGAAACAGCUCUGUGGGGAGGCACCUGCCCGUAUCCCCAAGGCUUGGUUGGCUCAGGGUCUGUGCCAGCCCAGCCGUAGUCCCCCAGUCCAGCUAGGACCCAGGGAGGAGCAGGAGCGAUACAGUUGAUUUGGGCUGGGUCUCAGCUUUCAGUGAGAUCCAGUGAGGCCACGCGACUGAAGGGAAGACUUUGUCUGGUGAGAGCCCCUCGUCUGGCUUGCAGUCAGACCUUUGGAGACCGCUUUGGGGGCCGGGCUGACGUUCUCAGCCUCCUUUUCUUUUUCCUUCCCUACCUUCUAAACAAAACCUUCCGUAGGGUGGCAUCUCGUGCUUUGUCUGACUGGGAGGCACCCACAGUUGGUUGUAGUCAGCUCCACGGAGCGGUGCUGGGUGGGUGGUUGGAAGUCUCUUUUCUUUGUAACUUGUUUUUGCAGGUUAUCAUGAGGCCACUUUUCUUUCUGUCUCACUCUGUCACCCUGGCAGCCGUUGGCCCCAGGGGAGUGUAGGAUCAUAUAGGAUGUGUUGUCUUCUCUCCGCUUCUGCAAACCCAGGUGGAGUCAUGUGCAGUGUCAGAAUGCUGAAUGUUUCCAGUUGCAGACAAUGAGCCCUGAUUUGAAGGCUUUUACACAGGAUUAACUUCCUUUGGCCUAAAUGAGUUUAAUAAUGAGCCACAGGACCCUGGCAAGAAGAUAUGUUGAUUUCCCACUCCAAGCUGCUAAAGAAGCUUUUGCCACCACCUUUGAGGGGGGUAGGGGUGAACAGUGCAGGAGGCCACGCGACAGCCCAGAUGUUGCCCUCCGGAUCUGAGACCUCGUGGCAAGGCCCUUAGAGUGGAGUUCCUUCAAGAGUGUCCCUUUCUGCUGUAGAAUUCACUGGGUGCUUUGGAGAUUGGGUGAAUCUGUGGGAACAGCCCCUUCUUGAGGCUGGACCACUGACAAAGCCCCCAGCUGCAGAAGGAGGGGGCGUGGGGAGGCCUGGAGGCCCGUGGGCCUCCGCGUGGCUGGAGCUGAGGGCCAGGCUGCUGGCAUGGAGCGAUGCCCUGUGACACUCCUCCCCCCUGACCCGCACUUCCUGCCCUGCUCCUUCCUGUCUUGGUCCUGGCUUCUGCCCAGGGAGGCUUCUGUUGCAGUUUGUCUCUGGGAAACGGAAGGGCUCUCCUCCCCCCAGCUUUGCCCCAGCAGAGCCUGCAGAUCUUCCUGGUCUCUGCCGUGCCCCCCUCCACACUCAGUUUCUGUCCUCUGGGAAACGCUCCGAGUUUUUUAUGCAUCAGGAGAAAAUGCAGGUCCCUGCAGAAAGUUUCCCUCGGGCCAUACUUAGGGUCUCUGCUCUUUCUAGUUUUAUCCUGCUCUCCGGUUUUCUCCUCACCUGGCUCCGCACAGGUGUGUGCCCAGGGCAGCGCCUCCCUGGACAGAGCUCUCAGGGAGGCCUUAGAUGAGGGCUCAGCAGCCCCGUGCCUGGCCAGAUGGUUCCAUCCUUUAGUCACCCAGUAGCUCCGGGUCACUCCUGGAGCUCCAAAUCCAGUGCUUGGAGCCGCCAUACUGGGCACUGGCAGGAGGUGACACAUCUCUCAUCUCAGAAUUUGCCAACUGACGGCCAGGCUCUGAGGACACACUUUCCUUAAAGGGGACGGCAUCCUGGUUGGUCUGCAGUCUCUAGACCUGGCAGGACCGCGCGACCUCCCUCUUGCCGUCCAUCGUGCUCUGGCUGAACCGACUCAGCAGCAGAAACAAUUUGGUCUGUGGGACUCCAGCACGCUGCCUGGUUCCUUCACUAGAUUCGUGUCACAGUAACGUCCAUUUGAGGGGUACUUACUCAGAGACCAUGGAGGCAGUGGCUGGCCUCGGCGCCCCAGCUCUCUCUCAUCUGAACCUGAGCAUGUCGUGCGGGCCUGGCUCACACUCACACUACGACAUCAGCUCUGUCCAAGCGAUAAUCUCAGGAGCGUGGGAAGCCUAGGGCUCAGGGGUCGGCAUUGAAGGGGGGAGGGCUACGGGAACGCACUUGGCCAACAGCUGACCUUGGACUCGUUUUAUAUCCUGCCCCCUUUUUAAGCCAGUGAGCUGGGCUUCAGUUUUCCCCAGGCCAUGCACACUUUUAAUUUAUUUGAGAGAAACUCUAAUUGUAUUUUCACUGCAGUAUCUUGUAUUUUUUAUUUGUGAUUUAAGAAAUGUGAAGAGAAAAUACGCAGACACAUAAUGGCUAACAGUGUUUCUUUCAUUCCUUGUUCUAGAGCUAACCACUCUAAAAUUGUUUGGUAAUGUCACUUAGUGUAAUUAAUUGUAACAUAUUCUUUUAAAUAAAUUGAUUUAUUGAUGAAACUA